AUGAAAUUAAUUAGAAAGUAUAUCACAACCAAUUCAAGAAAAGUUAUAUUUCCUAAUAGAACUAUUAAUGAUAAUGAUGCAAAGAAUAUUGUUGAAACAUCAUUAAAUAAUGAACAAGUUCAUAAUAAAACUGAUUGGCUUAUAUAUAAUGAAAGUAAUAUAGGUUUAGUGGAUACAAUACCACAUAUAUUGAUUAGUUAUAGUCAUGAAGAGAAAGAUAUGGCAAUGUAUUUAAGUGAACAACUAGAAAAUAAAGGUUACAAGGUAUGGAUUGACUAUAAAGAUAUGAUGUAUGAAACUGAUGUAAUGGAGGGUAUGGCAAAAGCUGUAGAAAAUUCAUAUGUUGUUUGUAUUCUCUACUCUAAAUCAUAUAAAGAAAGUCUUCACACAAAGUGUGCUCAAUAUGCUUAUCAUGAAAAAAAGCCAAUAUUAUUUCUACGUGCACAAAGAGGUUAUGUACCAGAUGGAUGGUUAGGUUUUAUGAUGGGAACACGAUUGUAUAUUGAUAUUUCUGGAAAAUAUCCUUUUGAAGACAAAUUUAUUGAAUUGUGUAAAAGAAUAGACGUAUAUAAAAAGCAAUCCAUUGAUCAACUAAAUAAUCAUUGUCAAAAUAAACCAAUAGAAGUGAAUACCAAUUCAAUUACCUAAAUGUGUAAACAUUGAGUUGGUUCAUGUUGCUUACAAAGUAUGAAUAACAAAAUAAUAUUACGUAAUUGAUCCUAGAAAAAAAGGGAAGGAAAUCAUCCGAAAAUAGAAUUCAAUUAAACAUAAAGCGUAAUGAAUAAUACUGUUUCAGUUACCUGAUUGUAUUUUUCUUUCACUGUUUUCAUUAUACUACUUAAUUCAUUAAAAUGUUCUGGAUAUCUGUGAUUUACAUAUUCCUAUUUAUUGAUUCAUGUUACCUUUUUUCUUAUAUCACAAAUGAGGGCUAGUGAAUACAAAAAUGAUGUUGAAUGACUAUUUUUUUGCAUGAACUACAAAUAAAUGAUGAAUAGAAUACUGUAAUCUCCACCCGGAUGAGUCUUUGUUUCUUGACUGUUAACGUCAAUGUUGUUGAGAUCUGUUGAAAUGUUCAAAUUGGAUUUUUCUUGACAUUUGAAUUUUACUGUUUACAUCUGAGAGUUAUUUUUUUCUUGUCAUAAAAUAUUGAAUUGUUUUCUUCAGCUCUUCUAAACUAGACUACAUUAUUCUUAUAGACAGAUAAUUUCCCAUUUAAACAUUACCUAUUACCUAAUAUAGUAUUGUAAUCUUUCUAUAAUGUCAUCUUGGUCAUUCAUUGUUCAUAUUUCC